UUUCAAAUAAAAGGGAGACGUUUCAAAUUUUCUUCAUUACAGUUAAAAUGUUUGUCAAACCUUUCAUUCUUUUAGCGUUGGUUGGCCACUGCUUGUGCUACAGCUGGGGCACUGAAGGCAAUAAAUUCAACAACAUGUGUGAGAAAGUCCAGAAAGCCUUUAUGACCAAUAAACUUUCCUACACCCAAAUUGAAAGCCAGCUGGACACAUGUUUGGCAGCACAUAUCGGUAAAACCGGUGCAAAAAGUUAUGUGAUGAAGUACUUGACAACAAACUCUAACACCAAUGAAGCCUAUAAGAAUACGUAUGGGAGUGAAAAUACCAUAAAAGUCGACAGCUUCCAUAACUUCGUUUAUUGCAUGGAAGGAUUGAUUAGAUGAUUCAGAAAUAAUGCUUAUUGCCAACAGAAUGUGAUUCAUAGGUUGGUUAAAUAAAGUUUUCUGCAAAUA